UUUCAAAUUCAGCAUGGAGAAAAGUAUAUUCAACUCAAAAAUUACACGGACCAGCUUGAGGCAGAGCUGCGCGAGACGAAGUCAAAGAUGCAGGCGCUAACAACUUCAAAUGAUGAGCUUCGUGAGUGCAAGACCCUCAAAGCGCAGCCUAGUGCUCGACAAUUUCCGUCACCAACGCGCUCAACAAUGGGAAUGCCUCAACAAGAUGGCGGUACUCUCGUAACGCAAGCCAGCCAAUUUAGCCGUCCUUCGAUGCGUCCUAUUGCAAGGCCCUAUGCAGUUGAUGGAUCGAGUUCGUCAAUGCGCAACCCGAUGGGAAAUAUGGGAAGACCAGAGACCCCUCGCACAAUUCAAAGACCCAACGUCGGCAUGUUCGACCGGAGGGUCAUCUCGCCCGAUUCAGCCACUGGGAGGUCAAAGAACCCGGAUCGUGCGACCGAAAACACCGCUGCAAGCUUCUCAGCGUAUUGGCUUCCUCUCGAAAAGAAGGUCCCCGCUAAGAUUGUAAUUCCCGCCCCGGUUCAACGAAACGUGCCGUUCGACUCCGACGCGAUAUUGGAGGCUGUAGUUUCCGACGGCCUCGGUAGUAGAAGCAGCCACGACACUCUAACAAACCUGAGUUUGGAACUAGCUGACUACGAGGACCUGUUCAACGAUUCUACUUCGUCUCCGACCGAUGGUGGCAUUUCUGCGUUGUCUCCAACCGAUGAUAAGCGUCAGUCAAGGAGAAAAAGCGCGGAUACUCUUGGUUUCGAAAGCGACACAGAAUCCAGUGGAGCAUCGAUCGUGCUGGCGCCGUUGAAAGCCCCACCCCAGGUAUCACAAGAAAUGAGUCGAACUCAACGGAUGCGGUCUGCCCCUCGCGUUGCUCAGAGAUACCAGCUCCGCCAUCCAGACCAGUUGAUCGCAGAAGCCACCGAGAGGAGGCGGCUCACUGAUGAGGUACUCAUGCCGAUUUAG